AUGUUCGGCGGGAGCCCAUCCCUGAUGUUCCUGGAGCACCACUGGGCUCUGGAGCCGACGCGAAAUGCCUUGGCCAGCUGGCUCAAGUACUCGGAUAACAGAAUCUUUCACAUCUCCGGCAAGCCUCGCUCCGGGAAAAUGCAGAUGGUGUAUUAUAUUGCCCACUCGGAGGUCGCCCGCGAGCACCUACAGACGUGGUGCAAGACCAAGCGCCUGACGCAGACGAUAGUUUUCUUCCGGAGGACGGACGGCACGCGGGAGACAUCAUGUGAAUGGAACCUACAAGCAGUGCUUCGGGCCAUCUACUGGUCCCUCAUCGUCGACAAGCCAGAGCUGGCCCCGCGCCUUUUUCCACGGCAGUGCGAUUCCUAUCCGCGCGGCUUCCAUGACCCUUGUGUUAUUAACGAUGAAGAGGUGCUUCACGCCUGGAAUAGGCUUGUGACGCUAGACGACAUCUACACGGACGACAAGUUUGUGCUAUACCUGGAUGGUCUGAGCCACUUCAAGCAAGGCUUUUCGAGGAUGCUGGAUCACCUCAAGCAGUGGAUGUCCGCCCGGCCGCUUGAUGUCAAGAUCUGCAUCUCAAGCCGCGGACAGGCGGAGUUUCAGGAAGGUCUGAAGGCCUAUCCCGGUUUCAUCAUGCAUGAGGUGAGUCAGGCGGAUAUGUUAUGGUACAUCCGCUGGGCACUGUUGCACGAGGACGAGGAUUGGGGGGCCCGAUUUGUCAGAAAUACGUCGCCCCUGGAAAGGGAAGAACUGGAACAACAUUUCCUGGCCAAGGUCAAUGAUAUGACUUCUCGAAGUGCGAUCAAAGGGUUCGUUGAUGACUGGAUGCAACAGUACGAGCAAGGUACUCUUAACGAUUAUUUUGACCGACAGCUGCUACGAGAGAGCUACCAAGAUGAUCCGCCAGAGUUGCCCCGGGUCUGAGGCGACAUCUUACUCUCAAGCCCAAGGCUUCGAUACCUUUCAGAUAUUUUAGUUUGAAAUCCAAUAAUUUGAUAAAAUAAAGAACCAUGGUGACUUGCUUCAGCCCCGGUCACGGGCCACGGCUGACCAGCCAGUAACUUUGAUUGUAAGCACUAGGCCUCCAAAAUGGGGAAAUGCUGUAGCAACAACGGAAAGCGUUGAGAUCCAAGGUAUGAGAUAAGGACAUAUCUGGUUUUCGGGUUACUAGCUAUGUUUGACUUCGCCCCUAUCUCCUGAGUUCAGUGUCUUGUACGCAACGUAAGGCACGACUUCAAAGAAGA